AUGGAGGCCUCUUUGCAAGCCGGCUUAUGCAACGGGCUAAAUCCACCAUCAGACUGCCCAGAGGAUGAGAGCGCCGCACAACGACUCACUGUGGGUAUCAUAUCCUGCUUGCUCGGUGCAUUUGGAGCUUUGGGAUUUUUUCUGGCCUGGGGUCUGGGAGAAACCUCUGACUGGGCCAGUGAUCUGCAGACGUACAAUGAAGUGCCCAAACCGGCAGCUGACUGGAAAACAUUCAAGAAACUCGCCGUCGCCGGGGAGGACCCCAAGGCGGAUCACACGCGCAAUGGUAAUUGGACCGAGAUGGAUUGCACUCAUGAAAUGAUCGUCGACUCGACAUGGUACACCCCAUCUGAACGGUGGAAGACUUUGAACGCGGACGCUGCUUGGGCAGACGUCGUUGGAAUCUGGAAAGACACAGACAAGCCAAGGGGAAUCAAGUUCAUCGAUUCGGUCUCAGACACCCUAAAUAUGGGAGCUGACUCCAACUGUGGCCAGCUGACGGGUGACAGUUGCGUGGCAUUGGACUAUCCAGCUGGUGCGAACGGCGAUACUUCUGGACCCGCGGCGCAGUUGAUCUGGAACUCCUUGGUGAAAAUCCACAUGCUACACAAGGACUACCAUGACACUCUGUUCGAGACUACUGUUCUCAGCAGCACGGCUCUCGAUGAUUUAGAGAACAAUUUUGCGCCAAUUCCGCCCGAAGAGGACAAGACCUGGCUAUUGUUGCUUAUUGAUUUUCUCACUCUUGGAACUCUCGGCACUGCGGGACCUUUCUUUAACACCCUCCUCAAGAGACUCUCUUAUAUCCUCGAGAAAUCAAGCACUCCGGACAAUCUCAAGGAUACCACGAUGACCAUAGUUGGACAGAGCACAACCAUCGCCAAGGACGUGCUGCCAAGUGACGAUUCCAUAUGGUCGCCGGCGUUACAAGAUGCCUUCUCAAACUAUAUGGGGCAAGUCAUCGGUAGCUGGGCCAAUGUCACUACGGAGGUGCUUGAUAGAAUGUUCAAAGGAACGCCGGAAGCGCUUGACCUCCUUGAGGACAUCAUAUCUAACGGAAAACUCACCCUUGGUAAAUUCGAGGAGGAAUCUCCCGACGAUGAUACCGUUUACAAGAACGACCUGCGCACCAACAUUCAAAAGUGCUUCUUCGGGUAUUCUAUUCCCGCUCUUUGGCAGGUUUCGAAAGCCUACUCAUUUAUCAUCCACGCAGGUCACGACUGUGGAGGCAAAGAACUCACCGACUACCUCACGACGACACAAUGGACGCCACCGGCGCCUGUGUGGACGGGCAGCAGACUGUUCCAACAACAAAUUCUCCGCGCGCCCCCAGGCCUCGAUUCCCUCGGCGAUGGCAAAUUCGGCGCAAUCACGAAGUCCGAUUUGAUCAAGGGCUCUGUCCGAACAUGGAAACAAAAUGGCAAGGCGAAUGGCGGCGGCUUCGCGGACCCGACUAACCAGGGCACAAUCGACAACCUACUUGACGUAGACGUCACGACCCCCGGGUUUAUGCGGAUCCCAGUCUGUAGCCCUGAGCGCGCUUACAAAUCCUGGGAUACACUCAAGGCAGGCUCCGGUGACAACUACCCCUGCGAUAUCCAGCCGGGCAAGGACGAAUGCGGAGACUCGACGUUUGAGAAUGAGACCAGUGGGGCAUCGCCUCUGGUGGACGACUGUCUUACCAUCAUUAAGAAUAUUGAAGAGGACGCUAGCACGGACUUUACCACCCAGGUUGUUGGCAAGAACCAACGUGAGCUUCUCUCGUUUGGCACUUGUGCGUUUGGUGUGGAGGCUACCAAGGUGAAUGGAAACGUGAACUUUGUUGUUGGCGGGCAAGACGUCAUUGAUAUCAUCAAUGAAUCCAUCAAGCAGUUUGCGACCGAUGGUAGGGUUGGAGCAAAGGGAAAUAUGGAAUGCAAUAGCAACACUUCUAAGCGUCAGCCGGUUCUGUGGGGUCUCUAUUAG